AGCUGUCAGGCUGCGCGCCGUACAAUCAGCACCCCGACGACAAGGAAAUUUCGCCAGCGACGAUUGAACGUCACGCAAUUGAUCGCACCGACGCCGACGUCACAAACCAAGCCAGCCACCACAGGAAGACUUGGCCCAUCGCACACAACCCCGCCAAAUCGGAUAAAGCAUCUGUGACCCAAAACCAUGGCGGACUCGGGCGAAGGUCAGGGCAAUGAGCCUUUCGGCCUCGUGAGGCUCCUGCUGGACGAGGUCGUGUUCGUCAAGCUCCGUGGAGACAGAGAGCUCAAGGGCAGGCUACAUGCCUAUGAUUCACAUUGCAACCUCGUCCUCGGCGAUGUCGAGGAGACGCACUACAUGCAAGACGAGGAGGAUGAGGCAGAUCUGAAGACCGUUUCGCGCAAACUCGAGAUGUUGUUUGUUCGAGGCGAUAGUGUUGUUCUGAUCUCUCCAUCAGAGUCCGUCUCGUCCUGAUCCUGGUCUGCUUGUCUCGCACUGAAGGAAGCGCCCAGAAGGACAUGCACAGGGCAUGGACAUGGCCUUGGGAAGCUCUGCUGGGGCCUAUGCCACUUGGGAACGUCCAGCUGAAGACUAGAUCGUGAGAUUUGCUUGGGCUAGGCGAGCCAAACAAAGCUUGGCCCAAACCUGGAAGCCGUCAUUUAAACUGGAACUGGGUCGUUAUUUAUGACUAUCUGAAAGAUAGAUUGGCGUUUGCUCUCAUAUUCUCGGGAGUCUCUGGAAUAGACAUGGAUGGGAGACUAGGAGGGCUACAAGGGGAAGUUUAAGGACGUCGCGGCUGUUUUCCAGGUUGCGUUUGAACAACAGCCCAUCAACGCAGUGAUGGAAAUGAUUCAGCAGAGAAAGUAAAUAAUAAGAAGAGAGGAAAGCCGGUCGGCGGUAGCAACACAACAAAUGAGAUAAUUAAGGGCACACCAAAGCCCUAGGUAUCAUUUCCCUCGCUCACCCAC